CAGUCUCACACAGACAAACAGACCAUUCUGACUUCAGUCCUUCAUUUUCUCUGUGAUCGAUUUUUACCAUUUAAAGUUUAAAUUUUUGAUGAGCUUUCAUAAAAAGUCAUACUUUCUGUUGAGAAGCUGAAGACAACACUGGCCAUGUUGUCGGCAGGAGCUGAAUGUGUGUUCAUGGGUUUGUUCCUGUACAUCUCAGACCUGCAGGUGAAGGUGUUUCCUGCCACAGGAGAAAAGACAGUGUCCCUGAUGUGCAGCAGCAGUUGUCCUCUGACUGAAAGCCCUGUGGUCUAUAUCUGGUACAAGAACACAGAGUUUCUCUAUCAGGACUCGUCUCCUUGGUACCAGGAGCUAAUCAGCAGCGAGGAAUCAGUCACAUACUCCUGUGCUGUCAGAGGCUACGAGCAUCUCAGAGCCCCUGAAGUCUCACUGGCUUCUCUCACAUCAGCCUGCUUCACUGUGACCUAUGCUAAAGGCAGAAUGUGCUCAAAUCAGCAGAGACCAGAAGAUGAGCCGUGCUCCAUCACAUAUCCCAGAGAAGUACAUGUUCAAAAGACUGAAGUCUGGGGGUAUUUCAAACUGGCCUGUAACACCAGCUGUCCACAGACUGAAGCUCAAACCAUCACAUGGUACAAAAACAGACGAUUGGAGCCGGCACCACAACGAGUUCACAUCUCCUCUCCUGACUCUUACUCCUGUGCUGUAAAGCACCUGCUCUCAGAUGAAGUUUGUAUUCAGGAUAAAUACUGCUUCACAGUGAAUUAUGUCAACAGGAGGAUCUGUGCUCUGCAAGGUUCCUCAGUGAACAUCUCCAGUGAAUACUCGCAUCCUUACAACCAGCAGUCGAAGUCUAAAUCGUGGUAUAAGAAUAGGAGAAGUGAUAUGGCGGCUGGUGAAGAGCUGAUAAAGAAUACAGAUCGUAUUAAGUUUCAUGGACUGAUGAACCGCCACAUCCUGACUAUCAAUAAACUGAUGAAGAGUGACUCAGCAGAAUACAUAUUCAGAAUAGGAAGUGAUGCAGGGAAAUGGUCGGCUCUUCCUGGGGUGACUUUGGUCGUCACAGGGCUGGAAGUGAUGUUUAGUCCUUCUGAGGAGGUGACCGAGGGGCAGAGAGUCACGCUGACCUGCAGAACCAGUUGUCCUCUGACGGACAACAUGAACUACAUUUGGUACCUGAACAAUCAACCUCUGAAUCUGACAAAAACACAAAGCAAGUACCUGGUUCUAGACCCCGUCAGCAGUGAACAUGCAGGAAACUACUCCUGCAAGGUUAAAAUGCUCCAAAAGAGCUCUCUUCAAAAGAUGCUCACUGUCCACAGAAGAAGAAAAUGGACUCAAGCAGCCAUAAUAAUCGUUGCUCUUCUCCUGGUUGUAAUACCCACCUCCGUCUUCUUGUGGAUUAGAAGAAAGAUGACUUCCAUCCAGUCUCCUAGAACUGAAACCUCUGUCAACUUGGAGGAGAUAAGCCCAGGUCAAGUGUACGAUGACAUCUCGGCUCAACCAACAGAGGAGGAUGAUAUUCUCUAAAGCAGCGUCCAACUCCCCAACAACAGAGAUGCUCUCUACUCACAAAUCCAGCCACAUCAGCCCCAAGAAGAAGAGCAAAGCCCCUAUGCUGUUGUCAGCUUCACACCCAAAACAACACCCGAGUAAACAUCUGUUAUUACAAGUGAUUCAGACUUUGUGACUACUCAAAAUUAAAAGCUACCUAAGACCAUA